AACGAGGCAGUGGUUGCAAAACAGCACAUUUAAACGGCAGCAAAUGGAUGGUCCCAUCAUGUUCAGUCCUUCAUUUUAAAGUGGUUAAAGAGCUUACUGUAUCUCUACCACAGCUUAAGGUGAAUCCAGUUACAUCCUAAACAAUGAAGCGUCUGAAUAGAAAAGGAGCUGUCCACUUUGUAAAAGAGCUAGAUGCUUUUCCUAAAGUCCCAGAGAGCUAUGUUGUAACGUCAGCUUUCGGAGGCACAGUGUCCCUGAUUGUUUUCAUCCUCAUGGCACUUCUGACCAUCUCUGAGUUUCUUGUGUACCGAGACACAUGGAUGAAAUAUGAGUAUGAAGUCGACACAGAUUUUUCAAGUAAAAUGAAAAUAAAAAUUGACAUCACAGUUGCAAUGAAAUGCGAAAGGUUGGGCGCAGAUGUGUUAGAUAUUGCUGAUGAUGUGGUUGCAUCAAAGGAGCUGAAAUAUGAACCUGUCAACUUUGAACCUUCUGCACAACAAAAACUGUGGCAUCAGAUAUUACAGCAGAUUCAAGGCAGACUGAGGGAGGAGCAUUCACUUCAAGAUGUACUCUUUAAGUCUGCUCUGAAAGGAUACUUUUCUGACCCGCUUCCAUGGAAUGAUUCUGCAUCUUUAUCCAACAACAAUUCCUGCAGAAUACAUGGACAAAUCUAUGUCAAUAAAGUUGCAGGGAACUUACAUAUCACGCUAGGAAAACCUAUCACUUCUCUCAUGGGUCAUGCCCAUUUUGCACCUAUAGUCAAAGAAGAAGUUUAUAACUUCUCACAUCGAAUAGACUGUCUGUCUUUUGGAAACGAAGUUCCUGGACACAUCAAUCCCCUUGAUGGCACAGAGAAAAUAACAUUAGAGCACAAUCAGCUGUUUCAGUAUUUUAUCACAGUUGUGCCCACCAAGCUUCACACAUCUGAUGUAUCAGUAGACAUGCAUCAGUUUUCUGUCACAGAAAGGGACCGGGUUAUAAACCAUGAAGCAGGCAGCCAUGGUGUGUCUGGAAUCUUUAUUAAGUAUAAACUGAGUCCGCUGAUGGUGAGGGUGAGUGAGGAGCAUAUGCCUCUCUCUGUGUUUCUUGUGAGGCUGUGUGGCAUCAUUGGAGGAAUCUUCUCCACCUCAGACCUGCUCCACAGAUUAAUUGGGUAUUUUGUUGACAUUAUCUGCUGUCGCUUUAAACUUGGACCAAAUUAUUCCAGGCAGGUCCUCCCUGAUUCUUAAGACACCCUGGAAAGCAUCAGUUGUGGAAGCAUAAACCAAAACAGACAAUUUGUCAUGCCUCUACUUUUAAUUUGUAAAAUUAAUUGUUAACAAUCUUGUGAGUGAUUACCAAAUUGUCUGUUUAAGAACGAGAGAAAAUAAAAAAUAUAUCAAAAUUAUGCCUAAUUAAUGUGAUACAAAGCUAUGAACAGUAUGAAUGCUAAUUAAAAUGAUGACUGUGAUUUAUUAUUAUUUUUAAAAUAAGUUAUUUAGUGAUUAUAUUAAAUCAUCAUUGUACAUGAUAAGUCAACAUUUGAUAUACUUGGCAGAGCUCAAUUUCAGGGCGGCUUAAAUCUUUGUGCGUUAUUUAUUGGUCCUCAGUACAAUACAAACAAAAAAUGCAAAGAAAAACUAGAAGACGGAAAAGCUGUUGAACUUCCUGACCAUUCAUUUAAUCACCGUCUGCUAGCAGAUAUAGCCUAGCCAAAUUACAUAGCCCUUUAAAUUUUAAACCAGUAGGCUUACAUUUAUUUUUUGUUUUAAUGCGAUUUUAAACAUGUACAACGUCAAA